AUCCCCUCACACUUUUUUAAUAACAAUAUUCAAGUCAUUAGCAAAAUCAAAGGGCAUCUCAACAUCGAAAUGAAAUCAUCCGCUUUAUUUACACUCCGUAGUAAACACAGCCAUCCACGAGGAAAGAGGGCAGCGAUACAAUCGAUCCACAUGAGUUAAAGAGGGAUAGCUGUAACCCCAUAGCCCCGCCCACAACACACUAGUCAUCGUGGAUUGGCUUCGGCCGCCAAUCUAUACACCAUCAGUCUUCCCUCGCUUGCCUUUUAAACCACAACUUAAUUACCACUCGGCAGUAAAACAAUUAGUUAGAAAACAAAAGUGACUAAUGAAGUGAGAGUGAAAGAAAUAUGGAGAGUUACGAACAAAACAACGAAGUUUCAACAUCCUAUAACAAUAAUAGCAUGAAACACAAUUACAACGACUGCAAAAACGACUUCUAUCAAUACGUGGACAUCACUUACUUGGAUAAGGAGAAACAGAUUGAAAAUAAGGAUUAUUACGAUCAGAAAAACUUUAGAGUGAAGCUAGAAGAUGGGCAGAUCAACCAGAAUCUAACGACGCCGUUUUCUGUGAAGGAUAUACUCAAUAUAAAUCAGCCGAACUUUAAUUUCGAGAGAAACGAAGCUUGGAAGUACACCGAGAGGGACCGAAGAGGUUACGACUACGAACCGGUGUACCAAGGGCAGGCAUACUGUCCACCGGAGUACCUCGCGCAAGUAUACCCUAACGUUCCGGUCCCGUCGAACAUUGAACCUUAUUGGAACCAGGAUGUGUAUCACGAGAAUAAAAUAGACGAGUACUACAGCUACAACCCUUACUGCCAUAACUUCUAUCAUCAGAACUAUGAACAGUAUAGUGAAGUGGCCCCUGGACCCCACCUACCUGCUGAACCUUCGUUGAAAGAUGAUGGUACGGUUAAAGAUGUAUCUAUUCCUAAUUCAUUGCCUGGACAGAAAAGAGUUGCUGGGAAGAUUUGUUCGCCGAUGACAAAUGAGAUUGUUGUUGAUAAUGGUUCGACGAUUUGUAGAAAGAAUUCAAAAACGCCAACCUGUGAAAACAAACAAGAAAGAAAAGACAAGAGCGCGAAAAGAAAACCAAGGAUCCUGUUCUCGCAAACUCAAGUCCACGCCUUGGAGGUCCGCUUCAGAAACCAGCGGUACUUAACAGCACCGGAGAGAGAGCAACUAGCCGUGACCCUGAACCUGUCUCCAACACAAGUGAAGAUCUGGUUCCAAAACCGAAGGUACAAGAGCAAACGGAUAAAGUCCCCAGAGGUAUCCACAUCUACUGACGCGAAACCAAGUAAAACUUUGAAUGGAAGAAAGAUGUUUAAAGCAGAAACAAAGGAUGCUCAAUCAGCCCCAAGUUACGAAGGUUAUAAGGAUCGGUGUGAUCACGAAAAGCCGUUUGCGAACGACCUGAGUUCUUCUCUAUACUUCGACGAUAGCUUAGCUUAUGAUCAGUCAGACAAGUAUUAUACCAAACAGCUACAUACUGUAGGCACAACUUCAGAUGUACUUUAUCCUACUGAAAAUGUAAUUUCAAACAUUUGUAGUGAUGAACCGGAAAUGAAAAAGUAUUUUCCUUUGAACUAUGUUUGUUGAUGUUUUUAAACUGACUGCGCCCUUUAGACUGAUUUCCAAAGAGUAUUAUAUUUUUAGUAUUAAUUUUUGUUAUUGUCUAGUUUUAAGUGUGCAUGCCUGUGCAAUGAGGUAUUAAAAUGCUAUGCCAAAGUAUUUUAGGUUAUUAACUGUUUUGUAAAUAAAAUUAUCUACUUUAUUUGUGUUCUUUUUAUU